GUUUAUCGCUGGUGUGUGAGGAAGCUGCACGCGACACUUGAUGGCUAUUUUGUCGUCGUUAUUUCGUGUCCUGUAGUAUGCAACUAAAAUCAAUCAAGACGAUGAACUUCAUUUGGUACAUAUCAAUCUCUGUGAUCGUAAUUGUUGGAAAAACAAAGCAAAUAUACUAUGAGGAAAAUAUUCCGAUGCAGUUUAGAGGAGACUUCAUGUUUAACGUAUCACACUUAAUUUUACAAAGUGCUCUUUAUUGCGGAAGUGACAUAAUAUGUAACAAGUCUUUACUAACUGUGUUCGGCAUUCCACACGGAUCAGGAUCAGGUAAGACAAGGUGUGGGAGUUGUUCCUGUCGUGAAGAUUACCCAUCUCCCUACUCUUUACAAAAUUCCUGUCCAGAUGUUUUCUUCAAACAUGGGCUACGGGAAUGCAGGGAUGUAAAUAUUUUAUCAAAGGAAAAGUUUUUAAAAGAAGUGGUUGCUUCCUGCCCAGUUGGAACAAGCCUGAAUUUAUCACGGGAGUGUACAAAGGAUCGAUUUAAUGUGGAGAUCUUGCUUCAUCCUCCCGUAUCUAGUCAUACAAGAGAGGUAUCCUACCUAAAUAAAUACUGCGCUAUUUGCAAUCAGGAGACUAAUGGGAAGGAAUGGAAUGCAAUGUUUGAAUGCCCAAGAUCGGUUGAUUUCAACUUUCUUUCAUCGUACCAAGAGAUACUAAAUCUGGCAGGUCAAGAAUCAUGUAGUAUAUUGUACAAUUCUCCUAAUUCAAAUGGAGACUGCGAUAGGAAAUACGAUGGAAAAUUGGCAUCAUGCAAUGUAACGGGAUCAUGGCUUAAUUACGAUGAACAGAUAGAACAGGGGUGUCUCAGUUCUUAUGAUGCUCCAAUUGGCAUCUACAAAAACAUUUUCUGUGCAAUGUGUAACCCACCUACAUUUCAAGAGAGUGCCAUGAUUGACAAGUGUGACAAUUCUACCAGCAUAUAUAAGGAAGCAUGUUCUGUUCUGCCAAUCCAGGAGGCUUCUUUUCCAUACAAAAAUUUCUUUUGUUUUGCUUGCAACCACGACGAGGACAACACCAGAUACUAUACUGAUAUUGAUUACAAAUCGGCCCAAGAAACAUAUAAAGCGAAUGAGAAAUAUCCAUUUCAGUUUGAAAUUUCAUUUUCUUACAGUGAGAAUAAUGUUGAACAGUACAUCCGCGAAAUGAAUUCGGAGUCCAAUCUAGGGCAAUUAAUAUCAGAACCAACAAGAAAAGAAGAAACAUUUAGAAACGAAUAUCAAUUAAAAUGUCCAAUUAUACAGAGAAACUGGUCAUUAGUAGACAAGGAAUUUCCAGGAGAACAAAGCAAACCGUACAAAAAUAUUGAAAUGGAAUCACCUGUAUCUGAACUGAACCCAUUACAUAUGAUCACAACAUAUCCUAAAAUUAACAUAACCAAUUUAAUCCGAAUUAGUUUCGCGUUUUCGCGAUAUGGCACCUGUACACCAGGGUUAUUGCCAAACUACACCAUUCCUCUACAGAAACCUUGCUCCUGCACUGUAGGGUGUAGGUCAGAUUGCUGUGACGAUUUUGCUUUAAGUAUUCCCUGGAUUUGUAUUUCUGAAAUCCUUUGUGAUAAAAACGGUAAAGGUAAAAAAUAUUUGACGGUAGGUAACUGCACUGCAGAUAGAAAAAUUGGACGUUUAUGCACUGAUAACAAUACUUUGCAUUUUUAUCAGAUAUUUCCAGUAACGGCGAGACACGGAAACAGGGAAAGUUAUGCUAAUUUUUUCUGCUAUUUAUGUAACAAAAAUAUGAAUGGCAUAAAAUAUACGAACAUCCUUGAGAAAGCUACACGAGAGGUCGCUGUUUGGCCUUUGAAAGUUAAAUGCAGCAAUUACGUAAAUCACAGAAACUUUUAUUCGUUACAACAUCUAAUAGAGUAUUUUAACCAAACAUCGUGCGUAAUGGGUUUCGUACCACACACUGAUGCAUCAGAGUGCAAGGAAACCUGUAAUUAUGAACAUUUUAACACUGUAGGAAGAUGCAACGUAUCUGGAACUUGGUCCGUGUUCAACAUAGACAUCCUUAAUGCAUGUGAAUAUUCAGAAAAUUUUAGAUUUCCCUCCGUUCAGCUGGAUGGAACAAUUUUUAAAAAUAAAUUUUGUGCAAUUUGCAAUCCGUUUGAAUCAAAUCAUACAAAUAUACCCUGCCGAGAGUUUCCCGAGAACUCCAGCGUUGUGAAAGCCUGUCAAGAAUUUCCAGAUGUCAAUGUUUGUUUUCCCUACAGGAAUGUGUUCUGCGAAAUGUGUUUAAACAAUGGCACUGAAUCUGCAUGUUAUCAGGGAAUAGAAAUUGAUAAAGGUUUAACAACUUUAGUACCUACGCUUUUGACGACCAUGCAACCCCUUCCUCCAGAGAAUUUGUGGACGUUCAGAUCCACAUUCGGUCUAGGAGAAUAUGACGACCCCACCGCCGUCACUGAAAACAAACAUCUUUCAACAUGUCGAGAUAAUCAAGUCUUUGAUGACUUACAGCAAAUAUGCAGAAAUUUGACAUGCUUUCCGGGCAAGGUGAGAAGAAAUAAAUCCUGUGUGUCACUGCUGGCUGUUACCUCUAAGUUACGAUAUACUCUAGCUGUGAAGAUUGAAAUUUCUACCUCCACAGUAAUCAAUGCAACUGUUAAAGAAUUAAUAGAAAGAAUACGGGGAUACAUUACAAAAAAGAUCAAACUGCAGUUCAGUACCAACGUUUUCAUCGAAAAGAUUGGACUAAUGAGUUCAGUCAGCUGCAAGAAACCAUUUACUGCGGUGAAGGAAGUGUUUUUAUACCUGAAAAUUUUCGUUGACGGACUUGUUAAUCGGGAUGAAAUGGAACAGAAACUAGUCGACUUUACUGAAUCAACAGCUGACUGGGAUCUGUCGAACAAACGAAAACCAGAAUGGAUGUUAAGAGUUAAAGUUUCAAGACAUCAUCAGUCUCUCUCCUUGCCUUCAUUUCUGCAGAACCCUAAUGAGACCAGCCACUGCUUUAUCAUUAAAGAUAUUGAGAGUUAUCGAUCUGAAAUACAUAAGAAUGUGUAUGUGAGCCCAUUGCUGAUGUGUCCACAAUUCAUUUUGAAGGACAACGAAUCUGGACUUGAUCAUGUAAACGCUGGGGGCGAAUAUCCCUUCUUAGAUACCCCUUCUUUCCAUUACAAGUUUCCUUCCACAGAUAGUGGUCAACUCCGCAAGUGUAUCGAAACAAAACAACCGAUGACAUCUGAAACUGAUGAUUUCAUUCUUACAAUUCUUACAGUCGUUUCCUUGAUUAUCUCUCUAAUUUGCCUGUUCAUAACAUUUGUGACGUAUUGUAUGUUUCCAAGUCUCAGAACUCUGCCUGGAAUUAACAACAUGUGUCUGGUUGUGUCUCUGUUUUUAGCGCAGUUUCUCAUGAUAAUAAGACCGAUUGUCAAAUCAACAGCCUUAACCAUAGUUUCCGCGUUGUCGCAUUUUUCUUGGCUGUCCACGUUUCUCUGGCUUCAGGUCUGUUCAUUUCAUAUGUUCCGUGUCUUUAAUGCAAAAGGUCGAUCAGAAUUUUCCGGAAGUAAAGGUAAGAAAAGAGCAAAGUUCUAUGCCUUGUACGCUUUCGGCAGUUCCACAUUUAUUGUCACAACUAAUAUUAUCGUUUCGUUGAUAGUCACUGAUGGGGCAAAUUCAGGAUACGGCAACAUGUUAACUUUGAUGACGUAUAAAACGGCAUUUAUUGUCACUCUUAUCGUCCCGCUGAUUCUAAUUUGUAUCACGAACAUCAUAUUUUAUAUGUUAACCGUUUAUAAAAUUCAUUCCACCCCGAAAUUAGAAAAGACCUCCGGAAACAGGAUUCAUUUUAGCGUGUAUGUGAAACUGUUUACCCUAACAGGACUGUCUUGGGUUUUGCAGAUAAUAGACACGUUUUUGGAUAUCUCAGUCUUGUCGUAUUGUGUUGCAGUUCUCAACGGCCUGCAAGGGUUAUUCAUUUUUGCUAGUUAUAUUUGUAAUGAACGAGUAUUGAUAAUGUACCAGAAUGUUUGCUGCAAGUUUUCCGAUUUUCGACCACCGUCAACUCUGUCUUCAAAUACAGACACAACAAGAAUGUGAGUCUAAAUUAUGAGUUUGUAUGCUGUACAUAGAUUAUAUCUUAUCAUUUCCUUGAAUGGGUUGAUUAUAGUAUUUCUUGUAUGUUAUGUUUAACACAUAAAUAAGAUCAUGAUUGUUUCCUGAUUGCAUUGAUGUGAUUUCUGAAAAUCUUUCUGCAAGUUUCUCUGUCUCAUGAAAUAAUCGUCAAUGUACAUAACUGAGUGCGAUGUUCCGUGUCCUUCGAUGCUACGAAGAUGAGCAUUUUGAAUAGUACCAUAUAGCAAUUUUUCCGCAUUUGUAAACUCCAGCGUUGUUUUUAGCUCCUAGGCAUAUAAUAUAUAAUUUUAGCGGAAUUAAUUGUAAAGGUUAUGGAGUUUCAAAACAUUGAAAUUGAUAAGCAGUGUAGCGUUAAUAACUUAUCUGUAAAACAUUUCAUUAAAAUCAGAAACAGCUGGAAAAGACUUUCCUCGUUAUCCUCAAGAUGAAACGUGCUAUAUGUACCUUUGGCAUGAAACAAUUGUAACACAGAGUUAUCUUUCUUGGGAAAAUAUAAAUUAUCACUGCAGACACAUUUUGGCGCAUUUAGCCAUUAAAUAUUUGGUGACAUGAACAAAAAACUGCUAAGAUAAGCCAACAUUAUCACCCCAUGAAAAAACACCCAAUAAGGAAUACCGUUUUGUAUUCGUCAGCUGGUGUAUGGCAUACACAUCUCCAUUAUUGAAUGUUCAAACAAUAAGUGCGUGGUCUAGAGCGUUCGAAUACGAUACGAGGUUUUAUACAUCUUCAUAUACUAUAAUUCAUACAUGUAAUCCCGUGAGAAACGUUUUUUCUCGUUUUAAGAAAAAGGUGGAUAAUAUAUGCGUAGUAAUAACAUAUAUCAAAUCGUUAUCAUUAGAACUAGGGUAGUGCGACGUUAACAUAGGAUACAAUGGUUACAAUAAAAUAUCUGAUGAAGCAUC